GAGCAACCGGACGCUUCCUGCCACGUCGCGUAUCCCUUUGCUUGUGCGCUCUCCAUGGCCCGCGGCGCCGUGAAGAGCAGCAAGAUUCACGUUCUGCGUGCUCACUGCCCUUGCGUGCCGAGCCGAGUGGAGGUAGAGGCAAACGCUGUCCCGAUCCGGCUCAAUGCCAGAAAUUGCGUUGCCUUUCAUCCAUGCUACGAUCCCUCUUUGUCUGAGACGGACUCGACUUUGGCGCCCCCGAGACCUCGACCAAGCCAAGCGGCAAAGCACCCACGACGCAUCUACGCCGCUGGCGCCCCAUGGAUGCGCUGCUCGACGCUCUCGGCGACGAGCUGGAAGAUGCCGAGGAAGAGGCCUUCUUGCUGUUCUCCCAACAGAUCCCCUCGCAUAACCUAGGCUUCGUCGACCCGAGAGCAGACACUUUGAAUCUCGUCCUGGCCGGCAAGGACGUGACCAUCCGCCAGUCUCCUGGCCUGCUCGAGUCCAACCGUCCCGCGGGUACCACUGGCGCAGUGCUCUGGUCCAUCACGCCGCUGUUCGCCAAUUGGGUCGCGGCGCCAGAAGCGCUUUUGACGCGCUGCGGGGUGCUGCGAAGCGGAGCCUGUGCGCUUGAGCUCGGCUGUGGAGUCAGCGGACUGCUCAGCUUAGCGCUGGCGGGCCGAAUUGGCAGGUACGUCAACACCGACCAGGACUACGUGCUUCGACUGGCGAAGGAGAACGUCGAGGCGAACAUCGCCGCCUUUGUUGCUGCACCACCAGCUCAUCCUAGAGGCAAGAAAGGUAAGGGCAGUGGCAGUGCUGGCGCGUUGGGAUCCAGACAGCACAAGGCUGUUGUGCGCGCGACCGAGGACGAUGCGGUUGCCAACGUCGUCAUGCGGCCUCUGGAUUGGGAGAAGUCGGACGUCUCGACGCUGUACAAAGACGUCGGUGUCUCGCACAUCGACGUCCUCUUCUGCUGCGACUGCGUCUACAACGAGGCCUUGAUCGAGCCUCUUGCCACGACCAUGCGCGACAUAUGCAGCCUUGCCGACGACGAUGCCAAUCGAGCGACGGUGGUGGUCGUGGCACAGCAACUGCGAUCCCCCGACGUCCUGGAGGCUUGGUUGAAGGCGUUCUGCAGUUACUUCCGUGUGUGGAGAGUGCCUGACCACGAACUGGGCGACGCGUUGGGGGAAGGGAGCGGGUACGUGGUUCACAUUGGGAUACUCCGAACGAAAUGAGCGUCGAAGGAAGCUGGCGAAGAGAGAACCCUUCUUUUUUUUAAAAAAAAAAAUUAAAUAAAUAGAUAAAAAGAUUAGAAGAACGAGAUUGAUGAACAAAAGGAC